AUGACCCACCUACAAUUUCCUGAAGGUUUUCUCAAGCGAGUCAACAGAUUGCGUAGAGAACUAAAUGAAAUUUUCAGAGAGGCACAACUCAUGAUAGACGGCACUGGAGCAUAUUUGAUGGUGGAAGAAUGCGAGAUAAACCUGGUGGAAGGGUGCAAAAUAAACCUGGUAGAACCCUCGAAUAACGAAGGAGCAUCACAAGAGAAUGAUGUAUUGCUCCCAUAUGCCUUGGAUGUGGUAGCCGCACUGGCAGAAAU